AAAAGGCACCUGUAUAUAUAUCUGUGAGAUUAGUUUGGAAACAUCUAACAAAGUUUACAGUGAAGGUCUGUGUUUGCCUGAAGCAAUAUAUUUGAGCAAGAAAUGGGUUCACUAAUGGCAGGAUGGGACUCGCCGGUCCUCAAAUCAAAGUCAGAUAUAUACAAGAGGAAUCGGUCACUCACAAACGAAGACAUUGAAGCUUUUCGGAGAUCACAUAAGAAACCAGAGGAGAAGCAACAACAUAUCAACGAUGGUGAUGAUGCUAUCAUCUAUGAGGAGCAGACGGCUACUGUUAAUAAGUCGGGCAAAACGUUUCAGAAAUCGAGCACUAUGCCUCUGCUGGCUAAAAAUACCAGUACAGAGGAGGGUCAGAAGAAAUACUUCAUGCACGGUGAGACUGAAACCAUGGCCAGCACCGCUCACAAACUCGUAGACAACACCGGCUGGUGGACUAGGAGCAACUGGGCAUUUCUGAAUGAACCCCCUAAAUCUGAAGGCGCUCCUGACUCUAGUAAACGUUACGCUUCACAGUUUCAUGUAGCCCGCUCCGCAGGCGGUGGCGUCGACGGAAUUAGUACCUGAUUCAUCGAUCAGGCCCUCAAUGCUCCGGCCAGUCUGCGCUCAUACUCAUCCCUGAACCAAUGGGUUAAUUUGUAUGAUCGAUCAAGAUAAUAUAUGUUCAUGUCUUCAUGAAUUGCAUCGAUUAAACGCACUAGGCGCAGUAGUAAUCUAGCAAUGUUUUGUAUCAGUACUUGUUUGUAUAGUAAUGUACGUAGUAGUAAAUACGUAAUAGUAAUGUAUGUACAAGGAAGAGUAUGUAUAGUAUGUAUAAACGAAAUCAAAACCAUUUUGUGGCCUAAGUUGUUAUUUGUAGUAGUGGUAGGUAUGUGGAUUUAGUGCUUCAUCUAGCUUAUUUCUUCAUCCCUAGGGGUUUUCUCGGACUGAUAAGACUGCAAGUGCUUUGUCUUCUCUUCUACGUGCACAUAGUGUUUCGUGGAAACUAAUUUAUGAAACUAUGAAUCGGUUUAUUUUAUA